GUAAAGGGUUCAGUACGGUACACAGCGUCGGCGGCCCUAAACAACAUAACAAAACAAAGUGGAACAAAAACAAAGUUACAGAAAUAAGGUUAAAAAAUCAGGUUAAAUCACUGGAUGACAGGAGGUUAUGGCACUAAGACUGUGGAACAUGAGGGUGUUGUGGUCACUGACAUCGGCUCUGAAUUCUCGUCUUGGCUUUAUUUGCCAACCUCGUAACUUUUAUGGGGCGGUUAUUUGGCACAGGAAACAAGCAUGUUCUACCUAUGUUUCCCAGUCGGACAACAUUAAUAACAUAAAUAUUAAAGAACGAAGCCUCAAAAUCUUGAACAAGUUACAGUCGAAAGGGAUAUAUAAAUACUGCUGUGAAAAACACACAGCAGAGCUUUAUCAACUUUUGUUGGACCUCGGAAUCAAAUCAAAAACAAUAGAAACACAGAUACUGAAUCAGCCAGAUAUUUUAGGGUUUACGAUAAAACACUGGACUGAUAUCUGUGAAGUUUUUGUGGAUAAUGGGAUAUCAAGCACCACAAUCUUGCAAAACAUUGCACUGCAACCACAGAUCUUAAAACUCAAACCCUCUGCUCUCAGACAGAUCAUUUUGAAAUACAGAGAAAUUAAAGUUGGAACGCACAAUGUUUUACCACUCAUUAACAGAUACCCAAUGCUUUAUCUCUGUCCACCUGAGCAUAUCAAGAAACGACUGGAAUUACUGGCAUCGCUGUUUCCGCCAUCUGAUUUGAGGCUUUUAAUCAGUAACAACCCUGAAGUUCUGUUUAAUAAAUGGGAGGAUAUAAUGAAAAAAAUUAUGUACAUACACAAAGAAAUGGGAUUGGAGCAGCCACACAUGACUGAUUGUAGCGUCUUUACCAGGUCGCUGUUCCACAUAAAGACAAGACACCAGUUUCUUCAUCGAGCAGGACUUUAUAAGUUCCCAAACUUAAAGAAAGACAAAGACAGUUACAAGAUAAAUUCAUCUCUCUCUGACAUAAUGGAUACUACUGAUAAAUAUUUUGCUAAUAAGGUUGCAAAACUGUCGGAUGAAGAAUACGCUGUAUUUGUCAGCAUUAUGGAAGAGGAGGAGAAGUUACUCCAGAGUGACGAGGAAGAUGAAAGUGACGAAGAUGAUAUUCUUGAUGAUUAACUAACAUAAUGUUAAUAUUAUGACAUUACACAUCUUGUGUAAAACUCACUUUUACAAGAUAAUAUCAUCUUGUCCUAUGUACCAAAACCUGAGCCUCACUCGUCUUAUAAAACCUAUCUAGAGUCUGAUGCAACUGAUGGACUUUUGAGAUAAGGAACUGAACCUAUCCUUCCUUUCCUUGGAUCAUUAUGGGGGCACUAAACCCGUAGGGAUUAUACAGCGCCUGGGGAAAGGCGGAUGGAAGGCAUUCAGACUCAAUUCAGGGAACUGGAGCACAGAUCAAAUUCCCUAGAUCAAGAGCCCCCCUCCAGCAUCAAGGAACCUUCCUUGAGGGGAUCCUUUCCUUUGAUCAAACCUGAUUUAGUCUAUUCCCCAAAGCACUUAUGACCCUUAUGGGUUUAGCACUCCCACUAUGGAUGUAGUCCAGUGAUAAGAAUAAUCCAGCCCAUCUUCCUAAUCAAUAAAUAAAAACAAUAAACAACUUUGAUCUUUGUAUGCUAUAAAAAGAGUAGUUUAC